AUGGCGAGAAGGAUUGUUAUAGGUGGAUUGGAGUCCUCUGUGAUAAUACAACCAGACAUGUUAUCAAGCUUGACCUUAGUCAUCAUUCCUAUUAUGAAUUUGGGUGGUAAAAUAAGUCCUUCACUAUUGGAGUUGAAACAACUCAAGUACCUAGACUUAAGUGGGAACUAUUUUGGAGGGAAUCAAAUUCCUGAGUUCGUUGGAUCACUCAAGAGCUUGAAGUAUCUUAACCUCUCAGAUGCAGGUUUCGGCAUGAUGAUUCCUCGUCAGCUUGGUAAUCUCUCCAGACUAAGCUAUCUUGACUUAAGCCGGAAUGAUUUAGGAGGGACAAUUCCGCAUCAGUUUAGUAACCUCACUAAAUUGAUCCAACUCGAUCUUGGCGGAUAUAAUAAUGGGUUAGAGGUUGACAAUCUCCAAUGGCUUUCCCGUCUGUCAUCUUUGAAUUACCUCGACAUGAGUCUGGUAAAUCUCGCAAUGGCAACUGAUUGGCUUCAGGUAAUAAACAUGCUUCCUUCUCUGUUAGAUUUUCAUUUGUCCCACCGUGAACUUUCUAACAUUCCCAUUCUUCAUCUGGUCAACUUUACAUCUCUUUCCAACCUAGAUCUUUCUAAUAAUAAUUUCAAUUCUUUAAGGAGGAUUCCCAAUUGGUUGCUUAGUCUUCAGGGUCUUGUUUCUCUUGAUUUAAGAUACAAUUCCAUUCAAGAUCCAUUUUUGGAUUCGCUUUGGAACAUGUCAAGUCUUAGAAUUCUUCGUCUUAGUAGAAAUCAAUUUCAAGGAAUGAUAUCAGAUGCCAUAGGUAACCUGACCUCACUAACAGACUUGGACAUGAGUGGAAAUCAACUUGAGGGGUGGAAACGAAGAACCUGGGAGAACCUUUGCAACUUGAAGCAAUUAGAUUUAUCUCACAACAAUUUCAAGGGAGAGAUACUUGGACUGUUAAUAAAUUCAUCCCAGUGCUUUAUGGAUAGUUUGGUGUCCUUAGAUUUGGAAUCCAACCAACUUUCAGGUCAUCUACCCAAUGAAGUUGGGAAUUUUAAGAAUCUCAAGUUCCUUUCACUAAGAACCAACUCACUUUCCGGUCCUAUCCCCAAAUCUCUUGGACAUCUUUCAAACUUGGAAGAACUACACGUCUCUCAAAAUUCCUUGAAGGGUGUAGUGUCCGAAAUUCACUUUGCUAAUUUGACAAGUUUAAAAAUCUUGGAUGCAUCGUCAAAUUCAUUGGAUCUAAAAGUCAACUCCAACUGGGAUCCUCCUUUUCGCCUCCAAAUCAUAUUUCUAAGAUCAUGGAAAAUAGGGCCCAAAUUCCCUAUGUGGCUUCAAACACAGAAAGGUUUGGAAGCACUGGAUUUAUCUGACACUGGGAUUUCAGAAGUUCUUCCCACUUGGUUCUGGAACUUAUCUUCCCACAUUUCUUAUCUAAAUAUCUCUUGCAAUCAAAUCAUUGGUGAGAUUCCCGGCUUAGUGAAAAUGGAGUCAUUUUGUCCAAUCAUAUUUUUAAGAUCAAACCGUUUUAGUGGUCCACUACCUUCCUUUUCUUCUAAUGUAACAGCAUUAGAUCUUUCCAAUAAUUACUUUUCUGGAUCGAUAUCCCACUUUCUAUGUCGUAAGGUUGAGGGCUCGGUAAAUAAGUUGGAAUACCUUAAUUUAUCCGGAAAUACUCUAUCAGGUGGAAUUCCAAAUUGCUGGAUGAAUUGGCCUUUAUUGGUACUGAUAAAUCUGGGGAACAAUAAUCUAACAGGGAAUAUUCCAAGAUCUAUUGGCUCCCUCACGCAGCUUCUAUCAUUGUACCUGCGCAACAAUAAUCUCUUCGGAGAAAUACCAUCAUCAUUGCGAAAUUGCACCUCGCUGAAUGUUCUGGACCUUGGGGAAAAUGAAUUGUUUGGAAGAAUACCGCAGGGGAUGGGACUCGACCUAUCAGAUCUAUGGGUUCUCGAUCUGCGGUCAAAUAGAUUUAAUGGAAGCAUUCCUUUGGAACUCUGUCAGCUUGUUUCUUUGCAAAUUCUAGACCUUGCAGACAACAAUUUAUCAGGGACCAUCCCACAUUGUUUCGGAGAUUUUAGUGUCAUGGCCGAAAAGCAUGACACAAUUGACAUCUCUUAUUAUUAUUCUUCUUUUUAUUAUUCUGAUUUUGGAGACGAAGUAUGGUGUAUGUUAAGAGGCAGAAAGGCUAAAUAUAGUAGCACUCUAAGACUUGUAACCAGCAUGGACCUUUCAAACAACUGCCUAUCAGGGGAGAUCCCUAAGGAACUGACACGUCUCAUCGGACUAAUGUCAUUGAAUCUGUCACGAAAUCAUUUGACAGGAAAGAUACCAGAGGAGAUCGGUGACAUGGGAAAAUUGGGAGUAUUGGAAAUACUUGAUUUCUCGGUAAACAAUCUUUCAGGUGUAAUUCCCCAAGGCAUGGCAAGUUUAACUUCUUUGAAUUUCUUGAAACUUGUCAUAUAA